CGUCUUCGAAUCUCCUGAUUGUCCACCAAACCCACAAUUUUAGCCUUUCAUUCAUAUCCUCACUUCUGAUAUUAAGCCAAACAAAAGAUUUGGGGAGCCUUUAAAGAUCACGGACUCUAAAUUUCGUCAUGGUUUUACCAACAGAAGAAGAUAGAACGCUCUGGCGUAAAGCAGUUCAAACUCCCGAGGCGAUCACAGAUGAAGAAAGACGCAUCAUUCUUGGCCUUGUUGAUUCGGCCACUCAGCUCUCGAAUUGCCUGGAAAUUACUGGAAUGACACCGGAAGCGCUGGAGAAAAAAGUUCUGAUAAAUUCCGCAUCUUGACCAAGGGGGAGUGCCGACUGAUUCGACAUGGAUAUCAUAUUUGGGAUCAGCCAGAGGCUAUGGCAGCCAACAAGAUGAAUUGGCCUUUCGAAGAUCAAAUGGCUAGUAUCGAUGCUACAGUUGCUAUCUUGACUCCGAAUGAAGAUGCUAUCCGGAGAGCCGCAAGUCUUCAAGGCAAUUCUAUUGCAAAGCAGGAGAGUGAAGCUUUGCGAGUCGCACUACAAAAAGCUGCAGACAAUAAUGGGAAGCCAUGCGCAUGGGUAGAGAAACUAAUCGACAGAUCAAUACCUCUGAAUGCUAUUAGCAUGCAGCCUUCUUGGGGAUUUGUUGUACUCCGAGAUGCAAAGACAGAGUUCAGCAAUGAAGAUUGGGAGGUGUUUCUUCAGAAACUAGAAACUACAUUCUUUGAAGGUGUGUCUUGGCUAGUAGGUGGAGAACAGAUCAAUCAAACAAGAAAACUUUUUUGGCAAGAUCAAUUUGUUGAUGAGAAUGACCACGAAGGUCUUCACAGAGCUUUCCAGGACGUGGUCAGAUUGAGCCCUGGACUUCAAAAGCAGAUUAUUCAAAACACGUUCCUUCUAAUCACGCCUGAAGUAGUCGCAUCGUUUGAGAGUAGCUCGAUUACUCCAUGGAUAUGGGCGUUCGAUACGACUUUUGACCCCUCGGCUCCGAUCCAAGCAGAUUCUGUCACGAAAUUCGAUGGCAGGCUGAAGGUUGCAUCCACCUCAGUGUUCACUUGGUUUUAUGCUGCACGUAAGGAAGAAAUUUAUGGUAUGAACCAAUUUUGGGAAUGUGCACAGAAGCAACCUGACCAGGUUUGGAAGGUUGCAACUGAGCUGGGAUUAUAUCACGACCCUCUCGUUUCUUUGACGAAAUGA